AUGGCAGACGCUUUCCGCUCAUCAAUUCCUAUCCCAACAUUUAAUGGGGAUAACUAUGAUUUUUUGUCUAUCAAAAUAAAGACCUACUUUUGUGCUCAAAAUUUAUGGGAUGUCGUCAACGAUGGGUAUACUAACCCAGAUGACAUUUCCACUUUAACUUCCGCACAAAAGAAGGAACUUAAGGAGAAUCAACAAAAAGAUUCUCUAGCAUUACUUUCUCUACAAAUGAGCUUGAUGGAUACAUAUUUUCCAAGAAUUAUGGGAGCCAAAACAGCGAAAGAAGCAUGGGAUAAGUUGAAGGAGGAGUUCUACGACGGUAACAAGGUACGUACUUGCCGCCUUCAAGCUUUAAGAAGGAAUUUUGAAAAUCUAAAAAUGAAAGAGUUGGAAACCGCAAAAGAUUAUUAUUCAAGAAUAGAUGAAAUAGUAAAUCAACUAAGGUCUUAUGGUGAUGAUGUUCCCGAAAAGAAGGUCGUUGGAAAAAUUUUAAUUACUUACACAGAAAAAUAUGAUCCAAUUAUUGCAGCUAUUGAGGAAUCCAAGGAUAUAGAUGAAUUAACAGCUGCAGAAUCAAUGGGAUCAUUAGAAGCUCAUGAAAAAAGAUUAGAAAGGCGCUAUGAAAUGGAGAUAGAAAACGGUUUUCAAUCGAAACUUAAUAUGCGGUUUCAAAAAUCUAAAGAAGGUGGGAGAAAAUUUAAAGAGAAUUCGAAAAAUAAAGAAAUUCAAGGAAAAGAAGUUGAUAAAAGCGACAAGUAUUCUUCAUGCAGUAUUUGUAAAAGAAAAGGUCAUCAGGAGAAAGAUUGUUGGUUUAAAGGUAAACCACAGUGUCGUAACUGUAGAAAAUUUGGACAUGAAGAGAAAUUUUGUCGCCUUAAACAAAAUCAUCAAGCUAAUUUCUCUGAAGAAAAGGAGACAGAAGGAAAUCUAUUUUAUGCCUCCUAG